CUUUUCUUUAACUCAGGUUUGUAUCAACCGAACCUUUUCAGCCUCGUUGGUGCCUUACCCUUACUGCCACGAUUCACAUCCCCAAACUUAAUUAGUUUAUCCGAUCUCGCAGCGAAGUUCUUCUCCUCUUACAGCUUCUUCUCAUGGCCUUCUCCCAUUUCCUCUAAACAUGUUCUACGGCCCCGCAUCUGGCCGGGGUCCUCAAGCUUCCGACUGAUAGACGCCGACGUAGGCCUCUGCCUAGACAGCAACGAUACUCUGUCGAUAACUUACACCAUUCCAAUAGUCGAUAUUCAUCCUUCGUCUUCUAUCAUCCCUCCCUCUUGGGCUGCGUGGGCAGUCAUCGCCACUCCGUCCAUCGACUCGAUCGCAUCCCACGAACGACGACAUCAUGGCGACCCUCUUCCAGUCUUUCCGGAGCUCCUCUAUGCCAAAGAGGUUGCUACGAUAUGCCCUUUCUCGACUGGAACUUCUCGAUGCCGAGGCUCUCGAUAUUGAUAAUUUAGAUUUGGCGAUAGGGAGGAAUACAGUCCUCGAAUUUCGCGAUGUUGGGAUCAAGCUAAAGAAACUCAACAAGCUGUUGCAGCUUCCUGACACAUUCAGAUUGCAAAAAGCCAAGGUUUUGCUUCUGCGAGUCACCAUCCCGAUGGACUUUUACACAAGCCCUAUAAUAGUCGAGGUCGACGGUGUUGAUAUUGCGCUGCAAGUCAUAGGAGCGGAAUCCAAACCGGCUCGUUCAUCAGGCACAAGAACACCCGAAGAGACCACCGCUGUACCGAACACCGUCGACCUUGCGCAAUCAUUCCUUGAAACGCAGCCACGAUCAGAGCGAAGGAAACUCGAGGACGCUUUGGCCGCCGAAACCCAGGAUCUUGGCGCUUCCAUCGCUAUGAGCGAUGAUGGCAGUGAAGACGAUUUGGCAUACGGAACAGGCCAAGCCCUUUCUCUCCCAGCGUUUUUGGCCGACUUUUUGCAGGGCAUCGUCGACCGAACGCAGGUAAGGAUAAAAGGUGUUAAUUUUCAGCUGGACGUUGAAGUGCCUGUUGAACCAAACACCACUACGACUGAGUUGGUGUCAUUUCAAGUUGCACUUGAUGGCAUCGAUGUCGAGGGUGUUACCACUGCCUCUGAUAACGCUGAAGGAUCUCCCACCAUCGUACCAAAGGAGGGCAAGCGUCAUGUUUCAUUGUCAAACGUACGGGCGUACCUCAUUUCAGAAGCAAAUGUUUUUUCUGCUUUGGCGCGAUCACCUUCCGUCACUUCGCCAUCGCUUGCUUCUUCUCCAGCUAUGACCAGGAAUCCACCGUCACGCCAGACUACUACACUUUCAUUGAGCAGCCUUCACGAGGAAUCCGUGACAGCAUCGCAGGCAAGCAUACGAUCAGAAGAGCAAGAAUCUUCACCACGGCCAGGUUUUCCGCAAGUAGAACCCUUAGUUCUUUCACAACACAGCAUCAAUCAACGACUCGCGGGUUCACACCAGAGUCUUCAGUCCGAUAAUUCUUUGGCUGGCUCACAGCAGAGCCUCAGAAACGAAUACUCCGUCGAUCACGAGUCUCCAGAGCACGAAUAUCCUCUCGGCGACAGUGAGGACGCACUUGGAAUCCCAUACGAAUUCUCAAGCCCUCAGGAUGAUGAUACAGAAGAUAGCCCCGUGACCCCCCGGGCAUCGAUGUAUCACGAUUUCAGUAACAGUCCCAAUGACGAACCUGUAUUUCACUCAACCUUUCUUCCCGGAGAACACGGCUCUCAUUCAACUGCGCUGGAGAACGAGAGACCUCAGUGGACGAUCGCAGAACGGGAAGCCAGAUCUGCACCUACACUCGAGACGCCAGCGACACAAGUUAAUUUGGAAGCUUCUAGGAGGGGCGUUUCAAACGAGCACCUCAGUUGGACUUCUUCAAGUGAGAGCUUUGGUGCGAGAUCGGCUGAAGACCUGGCACAGUCUCAUAUGUACACACACGAAGAAGCAGAGAGCAUGUACAUGAGCGCUUUCUCACAGACUAACGCUCAAUCAGCGGCCUUUCUGCCAGCAGUUCCUUCUCAUGGCAAUGCACCUUCGCCGAAACCCCAAGAUGACUUGAUCGAAGAGGUGGAACAACUUUCUGAGCCAGCUAAACCUGUUGAGCCAGUCGAGGCGGCAGUAACUCCACCUACGACGGCGCAUACACAUGUGGCAAACGAAGAAACUGAGCCAGACACCAUAGAUGCAAAGCCCGACAUGCCAGAAACGAUUCCUCCUCAGAUAUCAGAUGUCAAGCCUCCGAGCCCAGAGUUACAAGAGGCUCCAGCCACUGUACCAUUGGAACAAGAGUCGAAGCCUUUCAUUCCCGGCGCUUGGGAAGAUGAUGACGACGAUGAUGAUCCUUCAGGGAAUGCCAUAGCACCAUCCACUACCUUGAGACACUCGAUAUAUCGGAAAGAUGAUCCCUCAAUAUCACUGGAUGCCUCAGAUAGCGAAUCUUCAGAGCCUGCGUUUUCAAGGGCAUGUCUUACUGAUGCUGACCCAGAGAAUCCCCGUACGCCUACCAGACAACAGGAAGGUGCUGCUACUCCCAAAGGACCAACGCGUCUAGUCAAGGAGAUUCUAAAUUUGAAAACCAUCUCGAUAUAUAUCCCAUCACAGCACCAGCAUCUGCAUGUUCAACCUGCAUCGCCAGAAUCUGUAGCCCAGCUUUCGCAGUCAAUGGGACAGUCUACAUACCCUCAAGCUCCAGGUGCCUUUUCAAUGCAUGGCGGGCCUUCCAUGCAACAGAACAAGGCAGCAUCAGGGGCUUCGAAAAUUGACGAAACGCUAGAGGUGAACCUGUCACCCAUAAAUCUUAAAUUCGACGCCUCAUUGGGUUUCUUACUAGCGAUGGUUGUUGGGAAGCUGCUGGACGCUGUGAAAGACAAGAAAGCGCCCCCAGUUGAGAGCACAAAGCAGGAGACUAGUUCAAAGAAGAUGGCCAACCUCAAAAUAACAUUGGAGGAGAUCAAACUCGACUUUAUUAAUCGCUUGGGAGGGAUCUCAGAUACACCUGAGCGUUAUAUGGACCUGGAUCCAUCGCCAUUUUUCGACCAGGAAGUUCUGCUCAACACAACCUUGCAAAACUUGGUUAUUUCCAUUUUCGAGACUGAGAUAUCAACACCGCCAGUCAUUAAGGGUAAAUUGGCGACACAGCCAGCUAGCCUGACCAAGAUAGACUUGCAGAAGUUCCGCUUCGGGUAUGCAAAUGGCGACAUCAUAUCCUUCGACAAGGGCAAGCCCAUGAGUGCAUCAGUUAGGGAAACAUUUCUAUCGGCGGGUUCUGAUAUUGGAAUUGAAAUCCUUCAAUCAGGCGGCAAAACCAAAAUAGAUGUCCAGACUCUACCGCUCGUUUUCCAACUUGAUCUGCGACGGCUUGAUGAGACUUUCAGCUGGUUCGGUGGCCUUAGCAGCUUCCUUAAUAUGAGUGCUUCGAUAGCCUCGAGUCCUGCACCAACACCCAAACCAGCUGCUCCUACACCAAAGCCUAGAGGGGUUCGAUUUGAUACUCCAGUUGAUCCGAAUGACAAAUCCGUGGCAUCACAAAAUAAGAUUAACGUGCGCAUUGGAGGCUCUUAUGUGGAGCUCAUCGGAAAAGACUGCAGCAUGCUGGUUGAAACUAGUUCCAUUAAGGCUGUGAGCCGUGACGAGGUCAUAGGAUUGGGGUGCGGCAUGGUUCGAAUAACAGGGCCAUACUUGAAGAACUCAACAGCAGAUCCUCCUAUUAAUACCGAGAUCACCACAGUUCGAGUCGAGUUCUUGACGACCCCUAACGAUUCAGAUCUCGAGAAACUCCUAGAGCUAAUCAUCCCUUCAAAGCAUCAAUUCGAUGGCGAUAACGACGAGAUCAUGGUUGAUACUUUGCUACGUCAGCGAAGGAAGGGCUCCGUACUGAGACUCUCAGUCGAUGGUGUGAAUGUUCGCGUUCAAAACAUGUCCCAGCUCUCAAUUCUACCGAACCUUGGUGACGAAGUUGCAAAGCUUUCUACCGUCGCAAAAUACUUGCCUGAAGAUGACCGACCCGGUUUAUUGACCUUAGCAAAGAUCCAAAAGGUUGCGUUGAGUCUAGACUAUGGCGGCAAGCUUGGCCACCUCGGUGCGGAUAUCAAAGAUCUUCACGUGGGCCAUAUCACAGUCCCUUCACUUGUUGCCAUAGCUAUACACGACCUUUCUGUGAAGAGAAAUAGGUCAGAAGAGCUGGUUAGCACGGCAACAUAUGGAGCCAAGGAAAUCUCACUUCGUGGCCCAGUCUUGAUGGCACGGAUGAUUGGUGACGAGAUCGAGCCGGUUAUUAAGCUGAAGAUGCAAGAUCUGUGUAUUGAGUACCGCGUCCCUACGAUCAUGGAUAUUCUCGAGCUUGGAGAAGACGCCACACCCCAAGAUUUCGAAGCCAGCCUUGCUGCCUCAGUAGCAAACCUUGGUGACCACGCGCAUCAUGCUUUAACUGGACAGCCUGGCUCUCCGGGUGAGAAGAGCAAGGGUGGGAAGCCGAUGACUCUGGAUAUUGGCUUCCGAGAUUGCCUUUUGGGACUUAACCCGCUGGGCCAUCCCUCGAAGAUGGUGAUCGCUCUCACAGAUGCUCAUCUUGUCAUCGUGUUGCCCAAAGACGUGGAGACCAAUGCUGUCUUCACCAUCAAUAAGUCAUCCAUCUUGCUGAUCAACGACAUUGCCGAAGUUGCAACAAGCGAACUUCCAGUCACCCAAAGACCGCGCGCCUCAUCUUCAACAUCUCGCCAAGUAGCGGAUAUGUGCGCCAGAGGAUAUGUGGACAUUUGCUACAUCUCAUCCGCCAAGCUUGUAGUCGAUGUGAAGGAACUCGAUGAUGGAGAGAAGCAGCUUUGUGUUGAGCUCAAAGAUGACCUCCUUGUUCUGGAAACAUGCGCUGAUUCAACACAAACUCUGAUCUCUUUGGCCAAUGCGUUGAAACCACCAACUCCACCGAGUAAGGAGAAUAAGUAUCUUACAGAUGUAGUCCCCAUGCAGGAUCUGCUCGCUUCUAUUUCAGCUGAAGCUUUCGGUAGGCCCGAGGGAGAGUACGACUUUGACCAAGAUUUUGCUGGCGCUCAGGAGAUGGCUGGGAGCGAUUCAGAGGCCGACUAUAACACAGACAGCCCGCUGCAAGUUCAGUCACAAUUUUACGACGAGGAGCCAGUUGCCGAGGAGCUUUUCGACGCCACAAGUAGCUCUAUUAUCUCACAUGGGUCGUAUCGCUCCGGGCCCCAGAUGAAAGACACUAACGAGGGUGUAUUACUGACCGGGUUUGGCUCAGCAAGCCAGCAAACAGUUGACUCUGACGAUCUUGUGAUCCAGGAAGACUACUAUGGUAGCGGCGCUUCAAAGGACAGCAAAGCCAAGAUCUGGAAUUCGAAGAAGAACAGCUACGAUCGGGCGCCCAGCGACUUGGUGAAGCGCAGCCCUGUCAAGGUAUCCGUACGAGAUGUUCAUGUUAUAUGGAACCUUUUUGACGGCUAUGACUGGGUUCACACGCGAGAUGUCAUAACGAAGGCAGUUCAGGACGUUGAAGCCAAAGCAUACGAACGACAAGCCCGUGCUGGUCAAGUCCAGGUCUAUGAGGAAGAGCUAGAGGAUGAAGAGGCCAUCGGAGACUUUCUCUUUAAUUCUAUUUACAUCGGCAUCCCAGCAAACCGUGAUCCCCAAGAAUUGUCUCGAGCUAUCAAUGAAGGCCUGAACGACAAUGCAACAGAGACUGAAUCGGUUGCAACCACGGCUUUCACUUCUGCUACCAAUAGGACAGCACGUGCCCGUCAACCGAAGUCGAAGCGACUUAAGCUCAAACGCAGCAGGCAUCACAAGAUCACCUUUGAGUUACGAGGUGUUGAUGCAGAUUUGUUUGUUUUCCCACCAAAUUCAGGGGAAACUCUCAACAGCAUAGAUAUCCGCAUUGACAACCUGGACAUUUUCGACCACGUCCCAACCUCAACAUGGAAGAAGUUUGCAACCUAUGACCAGGAUAUGGGAGAGCGAGAAAUGGGCACUAGCAUGGUCCAUCUUGAACUGCUCAACGUCAAGCCACAGCCCUCACUCGAGGCGUCUGAGAUUGUGCUAAGAGCGACCUUACUCCCUCUGAGGCUGCAUGUGGAUCAAGAUGCUCUUGAUUUCAUCACCCGAUUUUUCGAGUUCAAGGAUGACCAAGUGCCUGUUCACACGUCAAAAAGUGAUGUGCCCUUCCUUCAGAGAGCUGAGGUCAACAACGUAGCAGUAAAGCUCGAUUUCAAGCCCAAGCGAGUUGACUAUGCUGGUCUCCGUUCCGGACACACCACUGAAUUCAUGAACUUCAUCGUUCUCGAAGAGGCGAGAAUGGUUCUGCGCCAUGUCAUCAUCUAUGGUAUCUCGGGAUUUGAGAAGCUCGGUAAGACCCUCAACGAUAUCUGGAUGCCUGAUGUCAAGGCAAACCAACUUCCUGGCAUUCUAGCUGGUCUGGCACCUGUUCGUUCCCUUGUCAAUGUGGGCAGCGGUUUCAGAGACCUCGUUGAGGUGCCUAUUCGCGAGUACAAGAAGGAUGGACGUGUGAUCCGCAGUAUAUCGAAGGGUGCCACAGCCUUUGCUCGCACGACCGGUACCGAACUGGUUAAGCUGGGUGCCAAGCUUGCUGUUGGUACACAAUACGCAUUACAAGGUGCCGAGGGCAUGCUUUCAGAUCCUCAACAAGCAUACGAGGGCUGGGAUGAGGAUGACAUGGACCCUGAAGAACAGAGACAAAUCUCUCUCUAUGCAGAUCAACCUACGGGCGUCAUCUCAGGCAUUCGGGGCGGAUACCGAUCUCUUGCCAGAGAUGUGAAUCUCGUGCGCGAUGCCAUCAUUGCAGUUCCUGGCGAGGUCAUGGAGAGCUCUUCAGCUACUGGCGCCGCAAAGGCUGUGCUAAAGCGAGCACCGACGAUCAUUUUCAGACCCGCUGUCGGUGUCACUCGAGCAAUCGGACAGACUCUAAUGGGAGCCACCAACUCGAUUGAUCCCAACAACAGACGAAGGAUUGAGGAGAAAUACAAACGAUACUAAGUCGCUUCAUCGACUCGUUCAACAUAUCUAGAACACGAUACGAAUGUGGGCAACAUAUUAUGGCGCAAUGAUAUUGAGAUACCAAUCACAUCGGAGUAUCACAGGUGUCUCUGAUCUCCUGUGUCCUUUCCAUCUUCAUCUCGGUUUUUUUCAAUCGACUCUGCAUAUAACGGUGCUCGGACCAAAGGGAUAUUUUGUUCUUUAAGAAAAGAGGCAUGUUUCUUCAUGCACUCGUCUGUGAUAGAUCGGUAAAAACAGGACAUGCAUUUAGAUGCACAACAUAGACCCUGGAGAGGACAGGCAUGCGUUGAUUGAUUUUUCUUUUCACAUUUAGCUAGGAGUUGGAUUAUUAUUACUUGGAGGGUUCUUUGUCUCAUGGAUGUUUCCUAUUGUUGGGACUGGAUUUGAUACUAUAGAUACCUGUAACAGAAUGAAAGAGUGGAUCGCCCAAAGCUUGUUGUUUAUAU